AUGGUCAGCGUCACCAACCGUGUCAACACGUCGCCGCCGCAAAACCCCCGCUCGCUCCUCCAGAAGGAACGGGACCAGCUGGCAUGGGACCCCGUCAAAAUGAACUACUUCUUGGAAGGGCUGCAGCAGCGCAGCGAGGCCGUGGCCAACAUUUUGCAGCUGCUUGAGCGGGACCCCGUUUUGGCGGUGGGGCCCGAGAGCUACGAUGAAACCAAGGCAGAACAGAGAGAGACCACCGCCCGCAGAAUCGACCGCUUGAUGCGCUACUUGGAGACGGAAAGUACCGACGACUUCCACACUCGCUUGCUGCUUGUGGGCAUCACCGACCCGGGGUUGUCGACGCGUAUCGCCGUCCACCUCAUGUUGUGGAUCCCCGCCAUUAAUGGGAAUGGGACGUUCGAACAGAGAAACUACUGGUUGAAGGACAAGCUGGAGCACAUCCGCGACGUCUACGGGUGCUUUGGUAUGACUGAGUUGGCCCACGGGUCUAAUGUUCCGGGGAUGCAAACCACCGCUACUUUUGAUGAAGAGACCGACGAGUUUAUCAUCAACACCCCUCACAUCGGUGCUACGAAAUGGUGGAUUGGUGGUGCUGCUCAUUCGGCUACUCACUGUGCCACUUACGCCAGACUUAUUGUGAAGGGUAAGGACUACGGGGUGAAAGUGUUCGUGGUUCCCUUGAGAGAUGCCGACUUCAACUUGAACCCCGGUGUCACUGUGGGUGACAUUGGUGCCAAAAUGGGUCGUGACGGGAUCGACAACGGUUGGAUUCAGUACUCGAACGUGAGAAUCCCCCGUUUCUUCAUGUUGCAGAAGUUCUGCCAAGUCGACCGCAACGGUGAAGUGACGUUGCCUCCUCUUGAACAAUUGUCGUACUCUGCUCUCUUGGGUGGUAGAGUCGGCAUGGUCACUGAAUCGUACAGAACCAUUGCCCGUAUGAUCACCAUCGCUCUCAGAUACGCCAUUGGCCGUACCCAGUUCCCUAAGACCGGCAACCCUCAGGAAGAGCAGCAGAUCAUCGACUACUCGCUCCACCAGCGCCGUCUUUUCCCUUACUUGUCGGCAGCUUAUGUGAUCUCGGCCACCGCCUACAAGUACGCCCAGGUGAUCAAGCAGGUGAUGCACGACAUCGACGCCGCCGUCGCCGACUCCAACAUGAAGGCGUUGGGCAAGGCCAUCAACGACCUCAAGGAGUUAUUCGUCGACUCGGGCUCGUGCAAGCUGAACUUGACCUGGAUCACCGCCGACUGUAUCGCCGAGUGCCGUCAAGCCUGUGGCGGUCACGGGUACCUGGCCUACAACGGGUUUGGCCGGGCGUUUGCCGACUGGCACGUCAUGUGCACCUGGGAAGGGGACAACAACAUCUUGGGUGUCCACGUAGGUAAGUCAAUCUUGAAGCAGUACAUUGGUGCCGUGCAAAAGGGUAAGGCUCCUUCGAACUCGAUCAAGUUCCUCGCCGAAGCCCCCAACUACACUGGCGACAAGGGCAAAGAGACCAUCCUUAAGACGCCCCAGGACGUGUUGGACUUGAACAAGUUCGCCCGGGCGUUGGAAGUGGGGAUGAUGAGAUUGUCCCACCGUACUGCCGGCAAGCUCAAGCAGAACAACGGCGACUUGGACAACCUUGGUCCCGAGUUGGUGUUGCUUACUCGAUUGAGAGCCCACCACUGCUUGAUCACGGAGUACGCUGACCGUCUUGCCAAGCACAGCGACAACCUGACCAAGCCCUACUUGGAAUUGAUGGGGCAGAACUAUGCCGCCGCCUUCGUAUUGCAGCAGGUGUCGACGUUGUUCCUCACCUACAACUUGAUCGACUCCGAAGUGUUUGGCGACAUCAACAGUGACAUCUUGCCGGCGCUUGCCCAGAAGAUCCGCCCCCACAUCGUCACCUACACUGACUCCUUCCAGUUGUCGGACAACGCCAUCAACUCUGCCAUUGGUAAGUGGGACGGCAACUUGUACGAGAACUACUUCAAUGUCGUUUGCCAACAAAACCCUCCCAAGAACACUCACGCGCCUUACUCUGAGAUCCUCGAAAAGGCGAUCGCCAGAGGGCCCUUGGACCGCCGUGACCGUUACGAAAAGACCGGCGAAGCCGCUAAGCAAUUGUCGAAGUAA